AUGGCUUCUCCCUCUAGACAGCCCCCUCUCGGGGGUUCAGGACUGCUUCAAGGGAGCCGAGCUCGUUCUUAUGGAAGCCUGGUACAAUCUGCGUGCUCCCCAGUGAGGGAAAGACGCCUGGAGCAUCAGUUGGAACCUGGAGACACUCUGGCCGGACUAGCACUCAAAUAUGGGGUGACGAUGGAACAGAUUAAGCGUGCAAACCGCCUUUAUACUAAUGAUUCCAUCUUCCUGAAGAAAACCCUCUACAUCCCCAUCCUGACAGAGCCCAGAGACCUUUUCAAUGGUUUGGAUUCUGAAGAAGAAAAAGAGGAGGAGGAAGAGGUACCACCAAGCAAGGAUAAAGCUCGGCCACAUUCAGCUGACAGGAAAAAGCAAGAGGCAGGUUCAAGACGUGCCAAUGGUGAAGUCCUCUCCACACCUGGCCAGAACCCCUCCACACCCACUCAUGAUCUCUCAGCCUCGGACUUCCUUAAAAAACUUGAUUCACAGAUCAGCCUGUCAAAGAAAGCUGCUGCCCAGAAGCUGAAAAAAGGGGAAAGCAAGGUGCCUGGGGAGGAUGCAGGUCCUCACCUGAGCUCCCCUCGGAUGCAGCAACGAGCAGUCCUAGGUCCUGUGCCGUUGACCCGGACCUCACGGACCCAGACGCUACGGGACCAAGAGGAUGAAAUCUUCAAACUCUGA